UAGCGUCGCUCUUUUGGGCGGAACACAAUAGCUGUAGCUAACAUUCCGAGGGACUGAUUUCAAGAGAUUCCACUGGCCUGUGUGUUCAGAUGCAUCUCCAUGGCAAUGGCCCUUGGUCGGGCCUGGCGCGCAGGCUGGCAGCAGGCAGUCCGAGGGUCGCCAGGGUGACUGCACGGGCAGACGCUCCCAGAUGCCCCCGGGCUGGCGGGCACAGCUGGAGGGGGAUCUGCUCGUUUGCCGGGCUGCUGACCCCUCGGCGACCCCCCGACACAGCCAGGUGUGCCAGUGUCAGCUCCUCCGCCAGCCUCUGCCACGGUAGCGGCACAGCUUCAGGCCAGCCCCCGCUGCACACUCCUGUCAUGGUCAAGGAGGUCCUGGAGAGCCUGGAUGUUCAGCCGGGACAGGUGGUGUUGGAUAUGACCUUCGGGGCGGGAGGUCACACCAAGGCCAUUUUGAGGUCGGUGCCGGAGGUGACGGUGGUUGCCCUCGACCGCGACCCCGUGGCCCAUCGACUGGCUCAGCAGCUAGCACAAGAAUACCCGGGUCGGGUGAUCCCCGUGCUGGGCCGCUUCAGUGAGGCGAGCCCCCUGCUGGCCGCUCUGGGGUAUGGCACGGGGAGCGUGAGCGCCGCCCUGUUGGACGCAGGCUGUUCCUCCAUGCAGAUGGACAACGCGCACCGAGGCUUCUCGCUCAGCAAGGACGGCCCCCUGGACAUGAGGAUGGACGGGGAGCGGCUACCCAGCAUGCCGUGCGCGGCUGACGUGUUGCGGGCUCUGGACGAGCGCUCGCUGGCGUCGCUGCUGCGGGCGUACGGCGAGGAGAGGCACGCACGAGCCAUCGCAGCCGCCAUCGCACACGCGCGCACGCUCUACCCCAUCACGCGGACGCAGCAGCUAGCCAGCAUAGUCGCAGGUGCGUUGCCAGGUUGUGCCCUCUACGCGCGGCGUGACCGCCUGCACCGUCCGACUCACGUGGCCACCAAGACCUUCCAGGCGCUACGCAUCUUCGUCAACGACGAGCUGCACGAGCUACAUGCAGGGCUACAGGCCGCGCAGUUACACCUCCGGCCCUCGGGGGGGCGCCUGUGCGUGCUGACCUUCCACUCCCUGGAGGACCGGCUGGUCAAGCGCUUCCUGCGCGGGGAGGACCUGGCCGCGCCACCCAAGAUGUCCAGCAGGCAGCGGGCACGCCGCGCCAUGCGGGCACGCCAACAACAACUGGGGUCGAAAGUGGAGGAGCACGAGGAGGAGGAAGACUAUGAUGGACAUGAAGAUGAGGAUGAGGAGGAAGAGGAGGAGGAGGAUGGGGUGACGGGGGCAGGGUGGCUAAGUCUGCGCAGGAAAGUGCUGGUUCCGACGAGGGAGGAGUUGGAGGAGAACCGGAGAGCUCGCUCGGCCAAGCUGCGCGCCGCCAUUAGGGCUUGAUGAACUUUGACCUUUCGCAUGAGAUGACCUGACCAGAUCGCACCUCUCCCCCUUCACUCCUCCUCCACAUUUCUUCUCUUCCUCCUGCUCCUCAUCCCCCUUUUAAGAUGCUAGCAGUCAUACACUUCAGAACUCUGGCAUCACCUGGGCAACCGUGGCCUAAUAUGAUGUGGCCACUGUACGCAGUCAAUGGCUAUGUUUAAAUGAGACAUUUAAUUCAGAAUUAACUUUAAUUCGGAAUAAAGGUUUAUUACGCUUUGAAAACGUCAUGUUAAUACCUCACAAUUUGGAAUUAAA